CUUCCUCCAUGACCAUGCUCCGCCGUAUAUAAGCCGGGUCGCGUCCCCGCUCUCCCUUCACCAACCAAGCAAGCAAAACCAAUUGAUUGACUGAAGCAAAGUCACAGAGCGAGCGAGCGAGCGUGCAAGAAAGCAUCGGCCACCGGAGCUGCUGCAGGAAGCCAGGAAUCACCCCCGUCUCCAGUCGAGCAUGGACAAGGUGCUGGCCUUCUCCAUCCUGAGCGCGUCGCCGGCCGACGUCGUCCCCGGCGCUCGGUUCUCCUGGCAGCGGCAGGGGAGGAAGCUGCGGGACGACGGCCAGGCUAGAGCAGGGCAAGACGGGAAGCAGGGCGGUCUGCCGGCGGAGGCGGAGCAGCAGCCGGACAAGGGGAAAUCGCCGAUGUUGCGGCCGCGGUUCGCGCCGGAGUUCGACGGGAUCGACUGCUUCGGGACCAUCGUGUGCCACUGAGCAGUGAAUCACUGGCUGCUCGUGGUCUGCCCGCGCGCGUGUGAGACUCAUUCUUUCAUCGUUCGAUCACCGUACGAUCGGCGUGUUCAUUUGCUGUUAACUUGGGCUUCUAACUGAAGCCGCGUGUUGUACAGAAUACAGAGGUAUAAAGAAACCAAUUUCGCCAUGAUUAUUUGGAGAUGAGCUUUGGUUUUUUAGGAUUGUCGUCAUGACGGCGCAGAGAUGUUCAGUGACGGCAACGCCUGCAUGGCCAACAGUGACGUUUCAGGCGAUCAAAGCCAUCGAACUGAGUUUAUGUCUGAAGAUACCGACACUUUCGUCAGCUAACUGAAAUAGACUCACCACCCCCGCAAGUUCAGAUUACAUUCAUAGUCCAACAGAGAAACAUCUCUGCCUAGUUCCUUGUUCUGUUUCUGAUCACUCCCCCUUCAUGAUCCCCUGCUACACCUGAUGUCCCUAGUGUC